AUGUCCAGUAUCCCGACGUUGCUGAGCUCGAUACGAUCUGGAGUCCAGACCGUGUCUCCCGAGACGCAUCAAGAAACGAUUGCCGCGAUCAACAAGUUCCAAGAGGAUCCGGCACUGUUGGACGCCAUACUGCCCAAAUGCGUACCUCUUUUGGCCAACUCGUUCUUUCAUGUGCCACCGCGUGAGCAAAGACUCGUUGCGGAGCUGUUCUACAAUCUUGACAAGAUCUCCCACGCACAGGUCCUUAAAUCAUUAGAUACAAGUAUUUUUAGACUAGACGACAUUUUAAGCUAUUUACAGGAUCGAACGUCGCCCUCCUCUUUCGCCGAUGUCUUGUGCGUCUAUCUAAACCUAUCUUGGCUGAGCGUCAUCUUGCUCUCACCUUACACUUUUGAAGACAGGUUCCACAAAACGGUUCGGGUGUCGUCGGGGUUCGAAACGCACCCGAUCUGCGUUCCUCCCAUCAACAAGAUCAAAGCUAUUUUAUACUUCAAAAACUUCACACGUGACUUCGACCAGAUACCGGAACCAGAUCGAUCAAACGUGCCCUUUCUCAACCAAUUCCUGAAAUUGUUCAUUCGGUCUGCUCAAGCUGCAACCACCUAUUUCUCGAACGAGAACUUGGCGCAUUUGCAAGCGGUUGCACUGUCCAACCACGCAAUAAAGCUGUUACCUAAACUAUUCCAGGUUUCGUACAAUCACGCCUCUCACGAAAUUCUCGAUGCCAUAGUAGAGUUCUUCCAAGAUCACCUAAACUCAAAUUCCACGGAUACGAGGUUCCAGUUGGCCCACUCCUUUGCCAAGAUUAUCAAGUUUCUCCAGCAGGUGGACCCGUCAUCGUCCGUCGAGUUCACUGAAAACACCAUCGAGAAUACAAUCUGCCUCUUACAGGACUCUUGGGAGUCCAUCGACAGUAACGAGUUACACACUUCUCUCUUGAUCAUCGCUGAAGUGGCCCUGGCUAGAAUCCUUCCUGUAGACUUGAUCGACCGUGUUUUGGCUCAGAUCAUUCCCAUGACCUGUCAUUUCCAGCAAUCCCGCUUUCAAAUUAUCAAGGGUCAUCAUAUUAGAGAUUCGACAAAUUUCAUCAUCUGGUCAAUAAUAAGAUCAAACAGUAGCAACGAUCUGACUGCUCAGACCCUACAAUCACUAUUGUCGCACCUGCUAAUCAAUGCCUUUUUCGACCCCGAAUUAAUAAUCAGAUAUUCCAGUUUUGCCGCCUUGCAGGAAUUAAUGGGGAGGUCCAACAAAUCUCUGGCACUGAACCAAGCAGAUAUAGCUUCCAUACUGCAGGCAACCUGGAAAGACCUACCGAAAUCGUUCGAGGAAAAUUCAGGCCUAAUCCGCACACUGUUCAAUCCUGGAAACACCUCGAACACCUCUGUCUGCGUUUGGAGCAUUUUUAACGAUUGGGCAUUCAGUUGGAAUCUACUCGAAAAUUUGCACCUGACCACGAUGAAACUCAAUAUAGAUUAUAAUUUACUUCCGCUAAUCAAGUCACAGCUUCACUCACCUGAUUUAUUGCAUGGCUUAUUGAAGAAAUCGGGAAAAUCAGUCAUCCAGAACUGUCAAAUUUUGUACUUAUAUUUGAAACUAUUUGAAAAUGACGUAUAUCGCCCCGAGACGAGCCGAAUUUGCGCUGACAUUUAUCAUCACAAGAUAAAAUUUCAAUCGUUUGGCCAAGGAAAAAGACAAUUUAAUGAUAAUUCGCCCGAAUUAUUCCGGAUUUUUGUUAUUUUGAAAUACUGGCAAUUGAUGGGAGAAAAUGAUUUCAACCAAGAACUAUUUUGGAAAUUUGUGGAGAUAAUAUCACCGCAGAAGAAAUUAACCCUAUACAAUGAGUUUAUCCCUACAAUACAGCAUAUAAUAUCUCGAUGCUGUGAUCUCCAUUACAUGAGGGCCGCUCAAUUAAUCAAGUCAGGUAAUGAAUUGGCUUGCCACUCAUUAUGUCAUCUACCUGACCAGGAGAAGAUGUGUUCCCUUUUCUUUUCCCAGUUUCCUUUAUUAACAUCACAGUCCAAAUCAAUCUUGAUAGAAGAACUCGACAAUCAUUGGAACGAUAAGAUAAGUGUGCUCCCGCCAGAUUUGUACCAGAAAUUCCUCAAAACCAUCGUCAAUUGUCUUGAUGACUAUACGACAACUCAACAAGGUGAUGUAGGACGUCUGGUAAGAAUACAGGCCUUGCAAUUUGCACAAUCACAUCCUGAUUUACUAUAUGAAAACGAUGAUUUCGUCAGGCCAAAAUUAACUAGGUUGAUGGCGGAACCUGUACCAGAAAUUAAAAAAGCGAGUUUUCAAUUACUCACUUCAACCGCCCCACAAAUUGCAGAAUUAUCUGACUCUUUGAUACUUGAUUUUCAACACACGCAAGGUCAAAGCAACGAAUUCUGGAAGGGCUACACAAUUAGCGCAGGGGCAAUAAACUUUGUAGACUCCCAACUAACUUCAUCUAUUGAUUCCUUCAUUGCAUAUUUUAGGUCUCUAUCCUCUUCGCGACAAUUGGAACUAUGUAAUGAUUUGGUCAGAAUAAUCCCCAACGCUAAGCAAGUUGUUGAGUCAAAAAAAUAUGAUUAUAAUAGAGAUCCAUCGACGGGCGGCAUGAGAUUUGAUACUAUCAAAUUCGCCGUUAAUUGCAUAAAAUUUUGGACAAGAAUCAUGGAAUCUGGGUUGGUUAUUUUACAUCCUAAUUUCAAUUUUCAGGGCGUUUUCGCCAAAGUUUACAACCUGCAUUUAUUAGAUUAUGGAACAUUGAGAGUGAAUGCGAUCAAAUUUCUCCCAUUUUUAGCAAUCUCUCAUUACUUCACCAUCAAGGAAACAACCGACCGAAAAGAUCUAUUCAAUUUAGUCAAUUUCACUUUAAAAAGGCUAUUGGUUAUUAUGAAACGUGAAUACACAGCAACGAAAUUGAGAUUCACGGGAGGCCAGAAUAUCGCUUUACAAGGAAUAUUCCAGAUAUUAUUAGAAUUAGAUGCUACCAGACAACUCCAAUCUUUACAAAAGGCCUGUGAGAAUUCUGAAUUUAUGGAUAUAUUAGAUUCUGAUAUUACUUUAUAG